GUCAGUCUUCGUCUCUUCCUCCAGCCAUGGCGAGUCUUCCAGUGCUCUUCUUUCUCAUCGCGUGCUCUGUAGGUGGCUCAGUAGCUAACUUCUACCUGCAACCACAAAGUAGAUUGCCCCUAUUCUAUUACCAACAACAAAGAGGUUACUGGCCAGACACCGAGCGAACACAGGAAUAUGACAACAAUCAAGGAUUCCGUUUUCAUCAAUCCUACCAGAACAACUACCAGCAAAAGUUACAGUACAAUUACCCCUUCGCGCAAUACCAAUUCGGUUUACCGCACCAACUACCACAGCAGGUGCAAGUGCCUCAACAGGAACCCCAAGUGCCUCAACAGGUACCCCAAGUGUCUCAACAGGGACCCCAAGUGCCUCAGCUGAUACCACAAGUCCCCCAUCAGGCGUCACAAGUCCCUCAGCAAGUGACACCUCAAUUUCCUCAACAAGUGUCCCAACAAGUUCCUCAGGAUUUGCCUCAGGAAGUACCCCAGGUUCCAGAGGAUCUUCCAGAGUAUCAACUCAUCACGCUAGGACCGGAGGUUCCUGUAUUGGUAAAGUUGCCCAACCAAAGGACCGCGAUACUGCCAGCAAGGACUGUCUACAGCCUUCCCGGAUUCUUAGAAGGCAUAGUCCAAAACGUUCAGAACUACUACUCCGUCUUCAACCCUCUUGAAGUUCUCAAAGUGCAACGAAACAACUCCACCGUCUUGUUCCAGACAGUGAGUACAACUGAGCCCUCUACAGUCUCUUCGACUUCAGAAUCUACUACUCCCGACUCUUCCAGUGCCAACUCAGAUUCAUCAUCUUCUACUCCUGAAGCCUCUUCCUCUCCUUCUUCUUCACCUGAGUCUCCAACGGAAGCUGCUGACGAAACAACUGCAAACGCUACUGAAGAACCAGAAUCAGAAGAGUCAACAACAAUAUCAAGCACGGAAUCUACCAGCGAAUAGGACUCUCAAUGCGCCCAGAACAUCACAAAUCAACUUGGAGCACUAAGCUAGUCUGGAAAAUGUUAAUUUUCUACAUCAGCUCUGUGCACUUGGUCUCUGGCAACACUAAAGGUCUACUCAGAUUAAUUCCUAAAAAGUAUUUUCAGAAUAAAACAAUAAUUAACUUAUAUUCGAAGUACUUAAAUUGAAAACUAAUUAUACAUUCUUUUGAUAAAUUAAAAUUAUGAAAAACAAAAGAGUAAAAAAUACAGGCGAAAUUGGUUAUUAUAUCUAUUGUAAUCUAUUUCUUUAUUUGCAUAUCAUGUACUUAAUUUAUUGUUCCUAAACAACAUAUGUACUUGUUUAAUUAUGUAUUCAAUAUAAAAAAAAAUCCUUGCAUUCUGUAAAUAACUCUUAAUUUACUGCAAAAGAAAGUUAUGUUUUUUAAUUAAAAAUAAUUUGCAAUAAUUUUAUCUACCAUGCCUUUGAUUUCAAUAUGACCUCUUCACUAGACAUGUUUUGGUAAUUAACAUUUGUGCUUUAGCAUAUUUUUUAAAUACUUUCCAAUAAAGUAUUUGAAAUUUAAAAUAAGAUAGUUUUAAAAUUAUGUAAAUAGCUUAAAUUUAUAUGUUAAAAUAAUGAGUUUUUUAAGAUAAAGAAGUAUUUAUUAGUAAAAACAUCAUAUUUUUUUUAUUUCUGCUUAUAAAGUAUCUACAAACUAAAGUAUAUCUGAAGCAACAACCUUUUUCAUACAGUCUCAUUCAUUUCACCCUUCGUUCUCGGAGCUCUGCACCAUAUUCAUCUAAAACUUUUUUU